UCCCAACCCGUCGACCGAAACAGCGACGGUGGCGACAUCCUCUUCAUUUCCGCUGCGUGCAGACACGUACGUGCAAAACACAUGAGUUUUGCGAUCAACGGCUGAAAAUCAAGUUUACUUCUGUUGUGAUCGUGCUCAAACGUUGCUAGCGAUGGCCGGUACUCUGUAUACUUACCCGGAAAAUUUCCGUGCUUACAAGGCACUGAUUGCGGCCCAGUUCUCCGGAGCUAAGGUUACCGUCGCGUCGGAUUUCGUCUUCGGCCAGACCAACAAGAGCGAAGCCUUCCUGAAGAAGUUCCCACUCGGAAAGGUCCCUGCCUUCGAAACUGCCGAUGGUAAAUUCCUAACCGAAAGCAACGCCAUUGCAUACUACGUCGCGAAUGAGCAGCUCCGUGGCAAGACCGACCUCGAGAAGGCCGAAGUGCUGUCGUUCCUGUCUCUGGCCGACAAUGAGCUGCUGCCGGCCGUGCACGCCUGGGUCUUCCCCAUCAUCGGCAUCGUUCAGUUCCAGAAGAACAAUGUCGAGCGUGCCAAGCAGGACCUGAAGGCCGCAUUGGGAGCGCUGAAUGCGCGCCUGUUACAUCAGACCUUCCUGGUUGGCGAGCGUCUGACAUUGGCCGACAUCGUGGUUUUCACCACCCUGCUGAGUGCCUACGAGAACGUUCUGGAUCCAUCAUUCCGGGCUCCGUUCGGAAGCGUCACCCGUUGGUUCACAACGGUCCUGAACCAGCCGCAGGUCAAGGCCGUCGUCAAGGACUUCACUCUGUGCGCCAAGGUGGCCGAAUUCGAUGCCAAGAAAUUCGCCGAAUUCCAAGCCAAGACCGGAGGAGCCGUGCAGCAGAAGGAAAAGAAAGAAAAGAAGGAGCCAAAGCCGGCCCCUGCCAAGAAGGAGAAGGAAGUUGAGCCAGUUGAAGAGUUGGAUGCCGCCGAGUUGGCUCUGGCCGAGGAACCCAAGUCAAAGGAUCCGUUCGAUUCCCUGCCGAAGGGAACGUUCAACUUUGAUGACUUCAAGCGUUGCUACUCGAACGAAGAUGAAGCCAAGUCCGUUCCUUACUUCUGGGAGAAGUUCGACUCGGAAAACUACUCCAUCUGGUACGGUGAAUACAAAUACCCCGAGGAGCUGACCAAGGUGUUCAUGAGCUGCAACUUGAUCACCGGAAUGUUCCAGCGGCUGGACAAAAUGCGCAAGCAGGCGUUCGCUUCCGUGUGCCUCUUUGGUGAAGACAACAACAGCACAAUUUCCGGCGUUUGGGUCUGGCGCGGUCAGGAGCUGGCCUUCACUCUGUCGCCCGACUGGCAGGUGGAUUACGAAGUGUACGACUGGAAGAAACUGGAUGCCAGCUCGGACGAAACCAAGGAAUUGGUAAAGCAGUACUUCAGCUGGUCCGGUGCCGAUAGAGGUGGCCGCAAGUUUAACCAGGGAAAGAUCUUCAAGUAAGCUUGCUGGCGCCCGGACAUAACCGCUGCGUAUAGGAUUAAAUCAGGUUAAUUUAUCGAGCGAUCGGGUGGAAGUCAAACGAGUGACACCUUCAUUGCUGCCGUGUCAUUCGGCUUGAUGGUGAUGAUGAAGAAGAUGAGUUACUGCAUUCUCGUCUCUCUCUUUCUUUCUAUUUUAUGCUGAAUCGAACAGAAAAGCGCGAAAGUCAAAUAACCAUGCACUAAAUAAGAUCCGGAAAGACUUUGUUAAUAAAAUAAAACAAACACUCAGUAUGAUAACACAUUAAAGUUAA